AUGCAACCACCAGGGCGAUCGCUCCCUCGAUCCUGGACGUCGACUCUGAAACUUCCCAAGUCGAAUUUUCCUCCGCGAGUGUCGCCGGCCGACCGGACAAAAUACCUGAAACGAUGUACCGAUGACCUGUACGCCUGGCAGCGCCGCGAACGAGCGGCCGCAAAGCCUUUCAUCCUCCACGAUGGCCCACCCUACGCGAACGGCGAAUUGCAUAUCGGGCACGCAUUGAACAAGAUUCUCAAGGACAUCAUCAAUCGCAUACAAUUGGGACGAGGAAAGCAAGUGCGAUAUGUGCCGGGGUGGGAUUGUCAUGGAUUGCCAAUCGAGCUCAAAGCUCUACAGGGGCUGCGUGAUGCAGGCAUAGUGGACAAGUCGGUCAACCCUGCUGUCAUUCGCAAGUCAGCGAGACAGCUUGCGCGACAGACUGUCAAGGAGCAGAUGAAAGGAUUCAAAGGGUUUGGCGUGAUGGCAGACUGGGAGAACUACUGGAAGACAAUGGACCGAGAUUUCGAGAUGCGACAACUGGGGAUCUUUCGGGAAAUGGUAGACCACGGGCUCAUCUACCGCAAGUUCAAACCGGUUUAUUGGUCGCCAUCGACGGGCACCGCGCUCGCGGAGGCAGAACUGGAAUACAAGGACGAUCAUGUGUCGACUGCAGCUUUGAUCAAAUUCCCACUUGCGAGUGUUCCGGAGCACAUCACCAAGAACCCAUCACUUGACUCAAACGAGAUUAGCGCCGUCAUUUGGACCACCACGCCCUGGACCCUGCCUGCAAAUGCCGCCAUCGCAGUCAGCGAGUCGCUCGAGUAUGCCAUUGUCCAAUCAGAGAAGCAUGGCUAUCUGCUCAUCGCCCAGUCUCGGUUCGAAUAUCUGCAGAGUAUGCUCAGGGAGAAUUUGUCUAUCAUCGUCCCGUCUAUUCUCGGUUCAGAGCUGGCCGAGAAAGCCACGUAUCGCCCCCUGUUCAAGAGCCCAGAUGCCGAGGCGCAGCCCAUUAUCGGCGCGGACUUCGUGACUGCCGACUCGGGAUCCGGAUUGGUUCAUUGCGCUCCUGGCCAUGGUAUGGAAGAUUACGAGGCCUGCCUAGCACGUGGUAUCGAGGUGUUCGCGCCGGUCAAUGACGAAGGCCGAUUCACAGAGAAAGCCAUGCCACACGACCCGACGCGUUUAACCGGAAAGGUCGUGCUGGGCGAAGGUAACGAAGCUGUUCUGGAAUACGCUAAGACGCGGAAUCAGCUACUUGCGCAGCACAAGUACGAGCACAAGUACCCCUACGACUGGCGUUCCAAGCGGCCCAUCAUUGUGCGGGCGACGGAGCAAUGGUUCGCCGAUGUUGCCGACAUUCGCAAAAACGCACUGAAGUCGCUGGAAGAUGUUCGGUUCGUCCCGGAAACAGGAAAAUCCAGAUUGGACAAUUUCGUUAAGAACCGAAGCGAAUGGUGCAUAUCGCGGCAACGCGCCUGGGGUGUUCCUAUUCCUGCCCUGUAUCACCGCACUACGGGCGAGGCUGUCCUCACCAAGGACAGUGUCUCUCACAUCAUGAACACCAUCCAAGAACGAGGCGUUGACGCUUGGUGGACUGACAGCGCUGAUGAUAUCGCCUGGGUUCCUCCAUGCCUACAGGAUGACUCUGCUGGCUAUCGACGUGGAACCGACACUAUGGACGUCUGGUUUGACAGUGGUACCAGUUGGGCGGAAAUUGAUGUGCCCACCGAAGGACGAACCCACCCGGCGGAUGUGUAUCUGGAGGGAUCCGAUCAGCAUCGUGGCUGGUUUCAAUCGGGCCUUCUCACCUACACUGCGCACCAGCUCGCCAGCGGCACGAACGAUACCCGGGCUCCUUUCCGUAACCUAAUUACACAUGGAUUCACUCUUGACGAAGAUGGUCGCAAGAUGAGCAAGUCUAUUGGAAACACCAUUCCCCCUCAGACAAUCAUGGAUGGCACGUUGCUACCCCCGUUAAAGCCGCGGAAGAGCAAGGGCAAGAAGCAACCUGAAAACCAAGAACCAACCUACGACGCUCUGGGCCCUGAUGCACUCCGUCUCUGGGCUGCUGGAAGCGACUACACGCACGACGUGGUGGUCGGAAAGCAGGUGCUUCAAGGCGUGCAUACCAGUCUGCAUAAGUUCCGAGUGACCUUUAAGCUGCUCCUGGGCGCGCUCAGCGAUUUCCAACCGGAAAAUGUCGUGCCUUACGACCAGCUGCAACAAGUGGACCGAAUUGCACUCAAGCAUCUUUCCGACAUGGUCCUCGCCUCGGAAAAGUCCUACGAUAACUUCGAGUUCUACAAAGCCGUCAACACAAUGAACCGCUGGGCAAACCUCGAAUUCUCCUCUUUCUACAUGGAAGCCAUCAAAGACCGUCUAUACACACUAGGCGAGAACAGCAAUAGCCGUCGUGCAGCCCAAACAGCUCUCUUCUACAUCUACGCCUAUCUGCAACAGGUUCUGGCACCUAUCACCCCUCUCCUCGUGGAAGAGACAUGGGAGCACACCCCGGAAGCAAUCAAGUUGCACAACGGCCACCCCUUACAGCGCAUCGGCACCAGCCCAACAACGGAAUGGCAGAAUCCCGCCCUGGACACGAACUACCAAGAAAUCGUCGCAGUGCACUCAGUUAUCAAAAACUUGCAGGAACAAGCUCGCGGCAAGAAGCAGCUCGGCUCUUCCCUGCAGUCCUUCGUGCACCUCUCUCUCCCAGGCGCAACCACCUCCGUCUUCCACCAGUACCUCUCCGAGCUACCCGAUCUCUUCGUCGUGUCAUCAGUGACCCUCGGCGUGCCAGGAGAAUCUAUUCCGAACGAGAUUGCGCAAGCCGAGUGGCAAUAUGCGAGCGAGUGCGAGCUGCCCAAUGGCCAGAAGGGACUGGUGCAUGUGUACGCGCCCCUGGCCUCUAAAUGCCCGCGUUGCUGGCGAUAUGCUGUGCCUGAGACCGAGGCGAUUGACGAAAUUUGUGGUCGGUGCGAGUCGGUCGUGGCGGAGCUGGAGGCGUAA